GUUAAACCCUAGCUAGUACUCUUGUUGAUUCUCCGUCGGAAGAAGAGUAUGGAAGAAGAAUUCCUUAUUACUGACGUUCACAAGUUAUAUGAUCAGAUGAAGAAACAAGACAAAAAUCUCACCCUUAAAAGAAGGUGGUUGAUUGGACUCCCCGUUUCAAAAUCUGAGGAAGAGAAAAUAACAGGAGCAGCAGGAAAACUUCAGGAGAGCAGGACAAUUCCAGAAGCAUUCAUCAGGGAAGAUGAUGUAGGCUAUGAGACCGUAAAAUCUUUUGUGAAUAAAGCAUUUGCAUCAUGUCAUACUGAAAGAGAAAAUCAUGUUGAUAAAUUCAGUGUCCAACCUAGUGGUUUGCCAGUUGAUCGAAAAGCCAUUUUCUCUCUGAUAGACAAUAUGACAAACAACGGACUACACCUUUUUGUGAAGAUGCUUACAAAUGGAAAAGUAAAAUUUGCAUCAACCCGCUGUAAGAUGAAAAGUAUCAUUAAAGAAUUCCUCCCAGAGUUACUUGGGCAGGAUGGUAAUAACAGUCGCACAGUAAGCAUUCCUGAGAAGUUGUACAACCUUUUGAUGGAUCCACUCAAUUUCAGAGAGACCCAUCUUGUAAAUCUUUCAACCCGAUGUCCCUGUGCUGUAGUAAACAAGGUAUUGGAUGGUCUUGAUGAUAUGCCUUUCCGCACCUUAAGUGCGAUGCAUAGGAAAGUAAGAGGUAUAAAAGGGUAUAUGCCUCAACUGCAGCCUCAGAGAUCUGGUUGGGGUAAAACCAAGUUGGUUGAUCGGCUAAGGAAGAUUUGUACAGAGAUGAUAUCUGGAUCCGAUUUUGAUGACGAUGAUAAGCUGAAGGAACCGUUGGCUAAAGCAAUGGCAGUUGCAGGACUAUGGUCAAAUCUCAUACAAGGGUGUCCUUUUCCGGUUAAAUUUUGGAAAUACUCAUCUGAAAUAGAAGUUCUGCAGGUUGAGAUAGCAAAGGCUAUUUGGCUUCUCGAAAAUAAGGUCAGGUUUAAAGAACUGAAGAAAUUGCAACUUCUACUGGACCCAAACGCUGAACUGUCGAGUAAAAGUAUGCGGAUGGCAGUCAAAGGCAUGUUGACUGAAUUUCUAUUCGAGUGCGGUGACAUGGAGACGUUUCCACAGUCCUUGUUAGAAACUAUUUUCGUUAUCAAUAAUAGUUCUAGAAGAUGUCCUUAUAGAUUCAUGUCCAAGGAGGAAGUAGGGAAAGAGGUGGAAUCUGUAUUGUGUGUUAGCUCUCAGAUUAAGCAGGUUCUGUGGGAAUUCCUUCCCGAACAUGAUUUUGACCAAGAUUUUGCUGAUGCAUAUAUGGAAGAUCUAGAAGAAAGUGAAAGUACUUUCGGUUCUGAUCAAGAUGAUGACGACGAUGAUGAUGAUGGGACCACCAGUCAUUUGCGUCCUGUUGAUGAUCCAUUGGUUGAAAUUGAAGAUGUUGGAGAGUCAUAUCCUUGUAAAUCCGCAUUAGAAGACAAAGAUAAAGAUGAUAUCAAACUUAUUGAGAAAAGAAAAGAUGUUCUUUCUCCAGAAGUUGUCCCAUCAACAACAUUGUGUGAUGAAAAGGCUAGAAAUAGAUAUCUAAUUGUCCAGGAAUCCUGCGAUAAGACAAGUAUGGUUGCUUAUGAUUUUAUCGGCUGCAUUCUAGAGGAAUUGGCGAACAUGGAGAACUUGGAUUUGAGCUGUGAUGACUUAUCUUAUCUUAGAAGAAGUGGAUCAAGCCAAAACAAUUUCCAAGUUGAAAAUCAAGAGAAUAUUUCUUCAAAAAGUGAUGACGGUUGUGAUGCAAUCAUCAUCCGAACACUUGGCAAGCUGUUACCUUCAUUUCCAGAAAGUGGAAAAAAGAAGGUUAAGGAAAUGAUGGGCAUAGAGUGACUGGUUUCCUCAAUAUAGUCCAAUCUAAUACAAUUCAAUUCAGGUUAUCUCAUCUGCUUGUUGCAAGUCUUUUUAGGAUAUUCCUAGAUUGAAUUUAAUCUCAAUUAGGGUAAAUAGUAAAGAAAGAAAAGAAAUGCCAGCUAUUCAUAUCUUCUUAUUUAAUACUUUAGAUUUUCGACGAAAAUGUUGAUAGGCAAACCAACCAACCAACCCCCUCUUUUUGUGUCCGGUUUUGAUAUUGAUAUGUGAUAUAUAUAUCUACUGUCUUACUUAGUUUUAUAAUGACUUAUAAACUCUUAAUCUUGUA